GGGAAAUGUUGAGCCGUGGGAGUCAGAAGGUGGAACUUGCUGGGAGUUUAUUGGCUUCAGGUGGUGUCAGUCACUUUACUUCCUUCUCAGCUGUGGUGAGAGGGUAGGAGGAAGGGUAAGAGGGAGGUACCAUCUCAUCAGGCUCUGCUUUUUCACACAAAAAGAAAAAAAAAAAGAAGCCUGUACUGGGUUUGAAAGUGAAACAGGGCAAGACUUGUAAAAGGAGUGCAGUCUCUUGGUCUCCUUCAUUCUCACGGUUUCCUGUUCUAGGAAGCCAUUUUGUUAACCAGCCCUAGAGCAAAUCACUUAUAGAAAGUUUUUUCUUUUCUCUCUCUCUCUCUCUCUCUCUUACUCCUCCUCUCACCCACGGCUGGGGGAGUUUCACAACCAAGUUUGGACUUUCUACUCUGCAGAGCAACAUCUUUGGAGCAGCCGAGCUGAAGGAGGGAAGGUGGAGGUGGAACAGCAAGCAGGGGGCAGCUCUUUCUCCCUUUAGUGUGUCUCUUUUUUUUUUUUUUCUCAUGCUUGUCAUUCUUGAACAAUGACAGAAGUCAGGCGACGUGAAAGAAGCGUCUGAAAGGACGCGGAACGGCUUCCUGGAUAAGGAUUUCGUCCUCGAUCCACUGAAGGAAGGAGGACGGAGGGCUCGGGAGAACAGUGCGCGGAUACCCCCGUUUCCUCUCUCCCACUUGAACAGUUUGAAUGAGUGUGGCUUUUCUCAGAACCCCCCGCUGCACCUGGGUUUGUGCUCGUCUCCUGUGUAUGCUGAGAGCUUCAGGGCGGCCAGCGGGGAAGAGCCGGCGGACUCUGAAUGGCUAACGCGAGCCCCUGCAUGCCCUCAGGGGCAAUGUCCCAGGUCUUCUUCCCUCCUGUGGGGGCCUCCCCACCUGGGUCGGCAGUGAUGCAGCAGGGGACCCCGAUAUCCAUGCCCUCUCUGCCUCCUCAGACUCCUCUUCCAGUGAUGGACCUGACAGCAGGACACGCUCCCGGUGGGAUGAUGCCCUCCAUGGUUCCUGCUCCAGCCGGGGUAUCCUUCAUCAUCCAGCUUGGGCUGACCAGAGAAUCCGUCCUGCUGCCCCACACUGCUGAUCUGGCUUACGUGAAGCAAAUCGCCUGCUCCAUCGUUGACACCAAGUUCCCUGAGUGUGGAUUUUACGGCAUGUAUGACAAGAUUUUGCUGUUCAAGCAUGACAUAAGCAGCAACAACGUCCUCCAAAUGGUUAAAUCUACAAGUGACAUUCAGGAGGGAGAUCUGGUGGAAGUCGUGCUCUCAGCUGCAGCCACAUUUGAAGAUUUCCAGAUUCGGCCCCAUGCACUCAACGUGCACUCUUACCGAGCCCCGGCCUUCUGUGAUCACUGUGGAGAAAUGCUGUUUGGACUGGUCAGACAAGGCCUGAAAUGUGACGGAUGUGGGCUGAACUACCACAAGCGUUGUGCGUUCAGCAUCCCGAACAACUGCUCCGGAGCUCGUAAGCGACGCUUGUCCACCACAUCCCUGGGUAGCAGUCAGUCCCUGCGUCUCUCCACCUCUGAGUCAGUCUGCAGCAUGGGGACAACCUCCACCUGCUCAGAAGAAGCCAAUUUAAUUCGCUCCAACACACAAAUGCCACGCACUCCUAGCGAGGCGCGGCGUUUCUACACAGGCCGACCUGUCCACCUGGACAAGUUCCUGAUGACAAAGGUGAAGGUUCCCCACACGUUUGCUGUUCACUCGUACACACGGCCAACGGUGUGCCAGUAUUGCAAGAGACUUCUUAGAGGAUUGUUCAGACAGGGCCUGCAGUGCAAAGAUUGUAAAUUCAACUGUCAUAAACGCUGCGCAUACAAAGUUCCCAAUGACUGCCUCGGGGAGACUAUUGGAGACAACAGAAGUAACUGUGACAUGCUGAGUCCCAGCCCAGACUCUGAAGUGCCCAUGGACUUCAGCAGUGAGUACGACAAGUCAUCAAUGGAUGACUCAGAUGAGUCCUGUAGUAUCCCUGGGUCCUUCUCUCCAGAAAACAACCAGGAUGGAACAGGUGGAGACCAAAGUGCCAAUAUCCCACUGAUGAGGGUGGUCCAGUCAGUGAGGCAAACGACUCGACGAUCCAGCACAGCUAUUAAGGAAGGAUGGAUGGUUCACUACAGUAAUAAGGACACUCUGAGGAAGAGGCACUACUGGCGUCUGGACUAUAAGUGUAUCAUCCUGUUCCAGAAUAACACCUCCAACAAAUACUACAAGGAGAUCCCCCUUUCUGAGAUAUUGGAGUUACGUCCUGCUACAGACUUCACUCUAGUUCCCCAAGGCACCAAUCCUCACAGCUUUGAACUCAUCACAGGCACUAUGUGUUACUUUGUUGGGGAAGAGCCCAGAACCCUUCCCUCAGUGUCCACCAGCAACUCCCAGGCCUUUCCCCAGACACCCUCCUCCCCUAGUAUGGUGCAGCCCCACAGCGGAAUUGGGCAGGAGGUAGCACAUGCAUGGAUAUGCGCCAUUCGCCAGGCCCUCAUGCCAGUCAUCUUUCAGGAUGCCCCGCCGCCCGAGGGGAAUACACCACACAGACAAGCCUCUAUCAGCAUUUCUGUCUCCAACAGCCAAAUCCAAGAGAAUGUUGAUAUUGCCACAGUUUACCAGAUUUUUGCUGAUGAAGUUCUUGGAUCUGGGCAGUUUGGAAUAGUUUAUGGAGGAAAGCACAGAAAGACAGGAAGAGAUGUUGCUGUCAAAGUCAUUGACAAGCUUCGAUUUCCCACCCAACAAGAGAGCCAGCUGAGGAACGAGGUGGCCAUCCUGCAAAGUUUGCGGCACCUGGGGAUUGUGAACCUGGAGUGCAUGUUUGAAACCCCAGAGAAAGUGUUUGUGGUGAUGGAGAAGCUGCACGGCGACAUGCUGGAGAUGAUCCUUUCCAGCGAGAAGGGAAGACUGCCUGAGAGGCUGACAAAAUUCCUCAUCACGCAAAUUCUUGCCGCUCUCAGACAUCUCCACUUCAAGAAUAUUGUUCACUGUGAUCUGAAGCCUGAGAACGUGCUGCUUGCCUCUGCUGAUCCGUUCCCACAGGUGAAGCUGUGUGACUUUGGUUUUGCACGCAUUAUUGGCGAAAAGUCUUUUCGUCGCUCCGUCGUUGGUACACCUGCCUACCUGGCCCCAGAGGUUCUGCUGAACCAGGGCUACAACCGCUCGCUGGAUAUGUGGUCGGUCGGCGUCAUCAUGUAUGUUAGCCUUAGCGGCACGUUCCCCUUUAACGAGGACGAGGAUAUAAAUGACCAGAUUCAAAAUGCGGCCUUCAUGUACCCGGCCAACCCCUGGAACCAGAUCUCCAAAGAUGCUAUCGACCUGAUCAACAACCUGCUGCAAGUCAAGAUGAGGAAACGCUUCAGCGUCGACAAAAGUCUCAGUCAUGCUUAUUUACAGGACUACCAGGCGUGGCUUGAUCUGCGAAAGCUGGAGACCAAACUUGGCGAGCGCUACAUCACCCACGAGAGCGACGACAGCCGCUGGCAGAUGUAUGCCAAGGAGCACAAGCUGCCAUACCCGGCUCACUAUGUCCCCCCUCGUCCUGCGUCGGCCUCUGAUGAUGAGGAUGGCGGGGAGGACACGGACAUGAAAGGCCUCACUGAGAGAGUCAGCAUCCUCUGACCACAGAGAAAGAGACCAGACUCUUCCCCCAUCUUUUUUUUUUCUUAUUUUUUUCUAAAAAUAGAAGACAGUUUGGUUUACCUGGAGUGUGAAAAGACAUAACAUUGCAGAGAAUAUAUGUUUCAAUCAAGAACAGUGCCCUGCUGUUUGAACCUCAGAACAUGCUUUGUGUCAGUUUUACGGCACUAAAUCAAGUUUCUUUCUCUUCUACCCAAGAGUCCUCAGAACUGGUAAUCAUUCACCUCCACUGUUAUUGGUUCUCUUUCAUCCUUUGAAGGGUUGUGUUCUCUUUAUCUAGACUGCACACUUCUAUUUCCAGCUCUGUUUGAUUCGCCUCGCAAAGGUUUAAGAAACACGACAAAAGUAAAACGUUAACUGGUAAUUUUGUGACAGAAAUGAAAGGCAGCAUGAGACUUUCCCCUUCACCGCAAUGUGACUCAAAGUAAAGCAGGAAAUGGCCCUGGACCACAAGUGAAGUUAUAAAUUACUUUUUUUCCCCCCUCUCCUCUCCACACGGUUAAAUAGAAAUUAAACACCACAUAUUUUGAUUAGAACUGCAGGAAUUCCUAAUGUGUGUUUUUAAAAAAAAUACUCUUAAUAUUCUCACCAUGUCUUUUUGAGUGAGGAUUUUUUUUUUCACUACAACAAAAGACUUUCUUUGCUGGUGACCACUCAACUGAAUGCUCAAAAAUCAAGGCUGCUUUUACUCUCAAAUGAAUUCCCAUAAAUUCAUGUCUUACAAAAGCCACAAAAGUCCUUGAAGAAGUAUUGAUCUGGCCAGAGCAUGCCGUUUACUGUAAUUGCCACCAGCGGGGAGCCAUAAUGGAUUCCAUUGAAAAACAUAUCUAGUUAUAGAUUGCAUUGUGGUUUUAAAUGACAAAUCUCCCCCCGCCCCUCCAACAUUUCUUUCUGCAGUUAACAGAUCAUCCAGCUCGUGUCCGAGUAUUUGCCACUGAGUGGAGAAAAUUGCCCCUGUUGUGUUGAGACACUGUGGCUCUCAUCCCACUCUAAAAUAAAGCUGUUCUUUAAAAUAAAGAUUAUAGCACAUCUUCACAGCUGGGUGGGUCGUGUUGUCAGCGAUCAGCAGAUAAGUGGGAAAAGGUUUUCGCAGUAGCCUGACUUCAUUGCAACCACAAACGUCAAUGUAUUUUAUUGGGAUCUUCUGUAAUGGGCUGAUACAAUGUAGUCAAUAUCACUGAAGUGGAAGGAAAGUGAUACACAGUUUUCAGUAAUGCUUUCCAAAUAGUACCCAUACCAAAUAGCUCCCUUUACUCCAAUACUCCUGAGUAAAAUCCAGUGAUCGAGAAGUUCCCCAAUUGGUCCUGCUCUGUGUAAUUUAUUCUUAAAAGCCUCAGAGGUUUGUAAGAAAAUAUGAACGAGCAAACAGCACCAUAAAGACCAAAGAACACGGCAGAGAUAAGGUUUUUGGAGAAAAUCUCAUAAGAAACUGUUCAGUCCAUCAUUCAUAAAGAAAAGAAAAAACCGAGGUCUUUCGACAACUACAAAUGUACCCCAACAUGGCGAUCCACCAAAAGUAAGAGAAGCAGCCGAUAGUCCCAUGGUGGUUCUGGAGGAGCUGCAAAGAUCCACGCCUCAGGUGGGUUUCUGAGGAAGUGUGGCACUAAGGCAUCUAUUAAAAUAAUAUUUUAAGGAAUCCAAUCUGAUUACAAAUGAGCCAUUUUGUAAUAAAUGGAUAAUAAUUUCACUCUAUGUGUGAAACUGAUAGAUACAUGCCCUGAAGAAUUUGCUGUUGUUUUGCAGUCAAAAAUGCUUCUACAAAACAGAUUUGUUUUCUGAACAAAUCUUAGAGCCAGGUAUUCUGUUUCUUCAAUUUCCCAAUUACAUACUACUUUUGGUUGAUUUAUUACAUAAAAUCUCAAUAAAAUAAAUUAAAGGUAGUGGUUGAAAUGUGACAAAGAGUUCAAGGACAUUUAUAUUCUUUUGCAAAGCAGUGAAAGUGCUCGGAUGGACAGGUAAGCUAAUGACUACCUUUCUUCUCAAUAUGUUGCAUGUUUCUUUUUUUUUUUUGUGAAAUACAUUUAUCAAGGUUUUUUUUUUUUUUGACAUGCUGUAGUUAAAGGUGGCCUAUUAUGAAAAACAUGUAACCAGAACUUUGUGUAGAUGUCAAAUGUGUGUAGAUUGUGUACAUGCUAUUUGAAAGAUGCUCCUGGUCUUUAUAUUGUAUAAUGCAAACUUAAAUAGUUGUUCUGUUUAUUCUACCAAUGCUUUUAAAUUGUUUACAUGCCCAUCUGUGAGUUCACUUUAGGUGUUCUCAAGUGAAAACAUGCACACAUCUGAAUGCAUUUUGUCUGGUCGUGACUUAUGUAAGAAUUACUGUCAAUCAGGGUUUUCUUAAGAGGGAGACUUGCUCUGAAUAGAACAUAACAAAGGAAUGAGGAGCCUUCACGCUGCAGCAAUAAAUUACUUCUCACCUUGCAAAAUGACAGGGUUUUUUAUGUGUGAAGAACAAUUUAUGCUUGAUGUGUCAUGGCAAUUUCUGUUCAUGUACACUGGCAUUAGGGAGUGUGUUCUUAAACAGACCCAACACUGGUUUUAAUUUAAAAAAAAAUUAUGGAUUUAUGUAUUCAUGUGUCCACAGUAAAAGUGUAAAAAAAAAAA